AUGGCUACGUUUAACGAGACCGCCUUUUCCCGCUUGCGAUGGGCUAUAUUUGAAGACCCAUCUACCAUCCUUGUUGCGGACGACGCCUCAAUGAGCGAUGUCGUCAAACAAUUGCACGAGUACUUCCAACAGCAGAAAGCCAAGAUUCCGGAGGCUCUCAAACCAAUCCAUAAUGUGCAGCAAGGUUUGGAAGUCGAUACGCCCAUCCCACAAGGCGCACGGGUGUUCUUUGAAGGCUUCGAAUCUACUAAAGUCACGGGUGACGGGACGGUCGACAUUGCCAUAUGGCUGCAGGACCAGGAUGAGUUUAGUGUCGAGCAGUUCUGGCAGAAUCGCUACCAAGACUGCUUGUCGUGA